GAGAGCCACUUCUGCAUGUUUCCUCUCAGUUUACAUUCUUCGCAGUAAGACAGGCCGAAGGCAGACGGGAUGCCGGGAAUGUCCCUCUUGUAUCUCCGUCCCACGUUUCGCAUGCAGUGAAACGCUCCAAUCUGGCCUCAAGUGAUGGAGCGGACAGCUCAACAUGAUUGCGGACCGACUGCCAGCGUGACUAGUGAGCAACUUUCUGCUAUCGACGACGAGCAGGUUUUGGACAAAAUGCUGGACAAUGCUGCGGACUUUGAAGAGCGACGUCUCAUCCGCGCCGCGCUCAGGGACCUACUGAAGAAAAAGCGAGACAAGCGGGAGCAGGAGCGAGGGUCCCGCCAGCAGGGCCUCGGCAAAGGAGGCGCACCAGGCGGGGGUGUUGUGGGCAGAGCGAAGGCACCCGUGAACCAGCAGCCGACAACCAACAGUCAAGCAGCCUCCUCCGUGACAGCAGGCGGUAAGACGGGUCCUGCUCAAGCCGGCCAGAAGUGUCCUCCCUCUGCAGCGCCCAACGCUAAAAACGUCAAACAGAUGCUUCUGGACUGGUGCAAGGCCAAAACGGAGCCAUAUGAGGGGGUGGACAUCCAAAACUUCUCCUCCAGUUGGAAGGACGGCAUAGCGUUCUGCGCUUUGGUACACCGCUUCUUCCCCGACGCCUUCGAGUAUUCCAUCCUGAACCCUCACAAGCCCCGGGAGAACUUCCAGCUGGCCUUCAGCACGGCAGAGAGGCUGGCCGGCUGCCCCCCUCUGCUGGACCCCGAAGACUUGGUCCGGAUGAGAGAGCCCGACUGGAAGUGCGUUUACACGUACAUUCAGGAGUUCUACCGCUGCCUGGUCGAAAAAGGCCUGGUCAAAACAAAAAAGCGGGUUUAGGGUUUGUCUAGUAUGGACAUGAGCAUGAAGUAAAGUGAAGAAGGCACACAAGUCAUUUUUUUUUUUCCAUUUCAACACAACAACAUAUACAUACUUCUUUGUUAUUGUUUGCCAGGACACUGGACACUUCAUUUGGUAUAACCACACAAUCUACAUGCAAAGUUUACCGAUACACAAAUGAUAAAGCGCACUUUAGAGUGACACCGUCAGUCCAAUUCUGUUACUACGACACAUUGGUACCAGAUUUUCAGGAGGAAACACUGUGGUGACCCCCAAACGGAACAAACCGAAAAUAACGAGGGUUGUGUUUUUAGUCACUUACUCCGAAGUUUGGAACUGUCAUUAGCAUAUGCUUUUUGUUUUUAUGGAGACGGGGGGGGGACAUUGGUUGAAAUCAGUAAAUAGAUUCCGGGGGGAAAACAAUCUGGGAUUUUAUUGUAAACCCAGUUUGGCCAGCCCAGCUUUGGCCGUUUCUUGAAGGACACUUGCAAUUGUCAGUGGAGAUGUGAUAAACAAGGCUCAAAAUAAAUUGCUUUUUUGAAGAGAA